AUGGAAGGGGACCAUAACAACACCGACGACAAUCGCUCUAAUCUGGGCAAUCACCAGGACCAGGAUCAACAACACCAGCCCUCACCAGCCUCCACCACAAACGAAGUGAUGCCUCUGUCUAACCUUGGCACUAUGAAUCACUUAUCGCCUUCUCUGCCCGUGCCCCAGCCACAGCGUUCACCUCAGAAUGAUCAGGUAUUUAGUACAGCGUCCAAUGUCCAGCAGCCUUCUCCUCCGUUGCCGUUGCCGCAGCCAUCACCGCCACAACAGCAGCUGCAAACCUAUCAGCAUCUUUUGGGAAACAGCCAAAAAGCAAAUCAGCUAGCACUGAGUAUUUUAGAAAGCAACCUCAACGAGAAUGCGCAGAUUUAUCGGGCGUUUUACGAAAAAGAGCAGAAAAUGACGUCAUGCUUGAAACGGCAAAAGGAUGAGCUAGAGAAGAGAAAUGCCGUUUUGCAGCAGCAAAAUGAUAAUCAAGAGAGAAUCAUUGCUGAAUUAAGUCAAAAAUACCUUAAUGAUCAGCAAACCAUCACACAACUGAACAAAAAAGUUGAAGAAUUAGAAAUUCAGCUUCUCUUUCAGAAUGUUUUGAGUAAUGACAAUCUGGAAAACUGUGUUACGCCGUCACCGUUGCUGGAAAAUCAGCAGCAGCAACAGAAUCAGCAACUGCAGCAUCAUCUGCAAAAUCAACAGUUGCAGAACCAGCAAUUGGUCCUGAACCAGACUUCUACUACAUCUACUUCUACUGCUCUCCCCUCUGAUGAUCAUUCCAGUCAUGGUUAUUACCUAAGAGCCAGGUCUUCAUCUAUUUCAAGCGCAGCAACAACAUCUAACACUACUAUGGCAUCUUCUUCAGUGGUUCUGCCUGUUUCCGGUAACAGAAGAGAUGCUGCUGUUUCUAAUGAUACUUCUUCAAUGAACAUCAAUAGUUCUGCUGUUGAGACUGGCAAUAUGAUUUCAGCUGAACCGAGUGGCUUUCAAAAACAAAUCGACACACAGAGCUUGACAAUGGAAGACGAUGACGUCAAAGAUCAGAUUAUCAGCUACCACAUCGGCAAUUCGGUAAACGGGCUCAAGGCACUUUCUGGCAACCGAAACUUGGUUCAGUCAGUUCAAAAAACUCAACCCAAGGAGAACUUCAUUUCUCCCAGACGGCAGACAUUGAGAGGCAAAUUUGGCAAACUGAUGUUCCCCUUCAGCAAUCCUUCAAAUUGCGCCAACAGCACUUUCAGCAUAAUCGACCAAAUUGAGCAGGCUCGAGUCAAAAGUAAGCGCCGACUUGAAGUGGCCGUCAAGGAGCUGUGCGAGCAGUCGGCCAAAAUGCUGGAGGCGCUCACUGAAAAGAACCGCCAAAAGGCUCAACAAAAACUGGCCAACUUGAACACCGAGACGGAGCGUUUUUAUCAGUUUAUCAACCGCCUCAGUGAACAGUUUGCCCAGUUGAACCCAUAA